AUGACAGACGUUGUGACACCAAGUGCAAGCAUUACCAAGACCAAUCCAUCCAAUUUCCUAAGCACCAUCAUUGGAAGUUCGGUAGUGGUCAAAUUACAUAAUGGAGUUGAAUACUCUGGUAACUUACAAAGUAUAGAUGGAUACAUGAAUAUUGUUUUGGACGAUGCCAAAGAACACGUUGGGGGUAUUGAAAGCAGAACUUAUGGAGAUGUUUUCAUCAGAGGAAAUAACGUGUUAUACAUAAGUGAAGCUUAACUGAUGAACUAAUGACUUUGUAUAUUACUUUAAUAUAAGCAAAAACUGUAUGUACGGGUGCUGUAGCCAGAAAGGGUAGGAUGGUGCGCGCGUCACGUGACCGCCGUAGUAGUGCACAGACCAA